AUGGAAAAGGACCAGAAAACGGUUGAGUUUUCCGACGAACUGUUGUACUUUCACGAGUUCGAUUCCAUUCGAAACCUAAGCAUGGGACUAUUACGACCAUCAUUCGAGGAGCCAUCCGCCAGGCUGAUGCAAGGACCAGUGACUUCCGAAGAAGAAGAGGAAUUCUCAUCGUCCGAACGGCGACGCUACAAGAACUACACAGUGAUGCAGAAAGCUGGAUUCCAGCAUACAGAGUAUGCUCAGAUUAUGGUCCACCUCUGCCGCGCGGAGAUUCUGAUCUCUUUGAUCUUCCUGGCUCAUGGAACUACGUGUCCAGGAUAUCCAAAUGAAGCGGAAUACCAGUCUACAUGCCACAUGAAUACAGUAUCCGCUAUUGUUAGUCUCCUUACUGGAGCCAUGGGAUUAGGAGCUGUGCAUCGGUAUCGGUGGAGAACUAUGCUCAUACUCUGGCUCGUUUUUUGUAUCAUGUCUGCUGUGGGAAGCUUGUUGGCUGUUAUCACCACGGGAAUCUGGCUGGACCACUACUCAAAAAUGAAGGUUCGAACGGGUCUGGGAAACGGUUUAUCGGGAUUCAUGCUGCUCGCAUCGGUUGCUCUUGGCGUUUGUUUCAUCCUGACCGCUGUCAUGAUUUGUCAUUAUUGGAACUCUAACACGACCGGUUAUCAACCAGUGCAGAGAAUCGCUAAACGCGCUCGAUCCCUCCGGCGACGACUAUCACGAGCCAAGAGCUGUGACAAAAAGGACGCGAAACCGCCAACGAGUAAUCCAGAAGAUAAAGGUUAUCAUAUUGUUUGA